UACACAAACACACACCAACCUUCACCCAUAGCAAAAUUCACCAAAGAAAAAAAAACCAUGGCUACUAGCACCGAAUUCACGUUGGCUUCACCAGCAUGUGACAAUGGUAAACUCCCAAAGUAUUGCACACAAGAAGGGGUAGGCACAAAGUGGGACGUGUCACCCCCAUUGGAAUGGCACAACGUGCCUCCAAAAACGAAGAGCAUGGCCCUAGUGGUGCAGGACAUUGAUUUCGUGGACCCAAAGGGAUGUGAGGUGGCACUGACGCACUGGGUGGUGGUGAACAUUCCCGUGACCAUGAAGGGGCUUCCCCAAGGGUUCUCUGGGACGGGAGAGGAAGAGGGUGGCAUUGAAGAAGGGCUUAACGAUUGGAAGGUGAGGGUGUGGCGUGGUCCCAAAAUGGCUAACUAUGGUGACACGUUCCAGUUCAGGCUCUAUGCUCUCGAUGAUCACAUGCACUUUCAUAACCAGGUGACAAGAGCGAAGCUCCUGGACGCAAUGGCAGGGCAUGUAGUUGGAGAAGCCGUUUUUACUGCUACUUUCUGAUACAUGUAUUGCUAAUUUUAAUAUAUAUAUAUAUAUAUAUUUUUAAUAAAAAUGGUAGACCAAGACGAUAUUAUUAGAUAAGAUGUUAAUAUUUUGUGUUUGUUUUCUUGUUUAA